GGCUGCUGGGAUUUGAAGUUUUACAUCCCCAUGGAGUUGUCUAACCUUUAUAUAUUUAUAUAUAUCAGACAUCUACAAAAGCUGAGCCUUGCUUACUGCCCCCCUCCCCGCCAAGAAUUCUAGUGUCUGUCUGUAUAUCUGACUGGGUGUAUGUCACUGGGUGUAUGUCACUGGGUGUAUGUCACUGGGUGUAUGUGACUGGGUGUAUGUCACUGGGUGUAUGUGAAUGGGUGUAUGUCACUGGGUGCGGCAGUGAAAGGGUGUAUGCAUGGGCCCCGCUCUCCUUAGGAUGAGGGUAGUGAGUAUCUGAACCUCCUCCAGACUUGUGAGUCUCCUUCAGCCCCACCCAGAGAUUUAUCUCAGCAAAGUGUAACUUACUGGGCUUCCUGCUCUCUCACUGCUGCUCAUUUACUCAUUAUGCUGCUGCUGCUACUGGUGUCCUGCUGUUAGCCUCCCUCCCCACCAUUCUUUAUCCAUCCCUCUGCUGCUGCUUCCCAUCAUGCCCUGCUGCCUGAGACUGAACCACUGCAAAGUGCCAGUGACACUUAUCCUUCUGCUCAUUUACAUCUGUUACUUACUGGUGGGGGCCGCUAUCUUCUGGGCCCUGGAGAGCAAAGCUGAGGAGCAGCAGACUCUCUCCUUCCAGCAGGACAAGUGGGAUCUGCUGAGGAACUUCACCUGCAUGGACAACCGGACCCUGGAACUCUUCAUCACAGGAGUCAUUAACGCUUACAAGAAUGGCGUCAUCCCACAGGGAAACAGCAGUGAACUGAACACCUGGAACUACGGGGGCUCCUUCUUCUUCUCUGUAACAGUUGUAACCACCAUUGGCUAUGGGAAUCUGAGUCCCACUACUGUAGGUGGUCGUGCCUUCUGCAUCUUCUUUGCUCUGUUUGGGAUCCCGCUGAACCUCAUUCUGCUGAACCGCAUUGGCCACAAGAUGCUCUCAUUGGUUCAUCGCUGCGGUGACAUCAUGGGAAAGAAAAUCCGGCGCCAGAGUUUGACUAAGCUGAUGACAAGUGGGUUUGCGCUGCUGAUUGGGCUCCUGCUGUUCUUGCUGUUGCCCCCGGUGCUCUUUAAGGAAGUCGAAGGCUGGACGUACGAGGAGGGAUUGUACUACUCCUUCAUCACUCUCGCCACCAUCGGCUUCGGGGACUAUGUGGUUGGGAGGAACCCGGACAAGCAAUACCCAAACUGGUACAGAAACCUGGUGGCAAUCUGGAUCCUUUUUGGCUUAGCGUGGCUGGCGCUGGGUAUAAACGCGGGCGCAGACGCGCUGGAGAAGUGCAAGGAGAAAUGUCCGUGUAGCAGGAAAAACAAGAAUCAGGCGGCGGAGGAGGAGCUUAUGGAACCGGAGGGAUCGCUAUGUGCCGCCAAACAGGACGGAGACAAAGAGAGUAACAGGACUGGAUCACUGGAUCAGAACAAAACCGACGCCAGCGAAUUAUACAAAAGCGACAAACUGAAAUAUGAACAUUCCCAGUGAAUGGGGAACAUAAACAGAGGCGCUAAAUUGCAGCCGUGCUGCUACCCAUAAACAUUCAGCAAUUAGGCUGUGAAACAACAAGCUGAUUGGUUGCUAUGGGUAACUAGACUGGUGUUAGUAAAUAAGCCCCUCACUAUCUCAAACCAAAUUGUUACGCUGGUCAAGAUACAAAGAGCACAUGAACAUAUAGAGUAUGUGGGGGGGCAUAUGACCCCAAAUUCUAGGGUUAAUGGGUCAGUCACAAAAGAAAGCCAUGAUGGGAUGGAAAAUGUUGAAGGGUGUGUGAGGGGAGGUGUAUAUUGCAGAGCUGCUCUGAAACCAGUCCAGUCCGCGGCAGACACCGUGUACACACUAACAUUUGUUGUAACAAUCAAUUUCCAUCCUCAGUUACCAUAGGAACCAAGUGGGAGGUCACCGAGGGUUAAAUAAGGAGAUAUCACAAUAACACAAGUGGCUGGGACACAAUAGAGCCACAACUCGCACUUGGGGGUCAGUGACGGGGGGAUAUAUUGAAAGGCUAUAAUAUAUAUAUAUAGAUAUAUAAAUUCACAUAAAUGUAGAUGCACAAUGGGACUUAGAAAAUAGGAAAAGCUUAACUCUUUAUUAGAACAUAUUAAUAAAACAAGACAACGUUUCAGUCCCCUUCAGGACCUUGAAGACUUGUUCCCCAAAAUCAUGUGAUCAAAGUCCAUUUAAUCAUCUUCACGUAAAUCAAUAGUUGGUUUGAGGGGGUUUUGUACCCAAAAUAAAUCUGUAUUUCUGUUA